AUGGACGCCGCGGUGGCCUGGGUGCUGCUGGGCGCGGCGCUCAGCGACUGGAGCACCGCCGGGGAAGCUCAGCCGUCCAUUACAUGUCAUGAGGAAAAUGGGCCUUCUCCCCAGUUGAUGAUGCAUCACAAGCACACACCAUCAGAUCUUUCUAGUAUCAGUGUCGAGAUUGUGGAAAUACAAGGGAACUGUCAACUUAAUAUAACCUGGAUCAUUAAUGCAGAUGCAAGCAUCAAACACCUGAGUGCCACCAAGAUAUGUAUGACACUUGCACACCAAGAAUGUAUUAGAUGUGAUUACACAGAAGAGUUUCCAGGCCAAAUUAGGCAUGAUGGUCAGAAAUGGCAGUUCCAAUACAUUGGAUUUUCUGUAGAAGAAAAUAAAGAUUACCGCAUUAAUGCUUUUAACCUACCACCAGCAAAUAUAAAUGAAGAUCAUCCACGGAAAUACAUAAUGAAAACGUCUCCAGAUUGUCAAGACAAUGUAUUGAAAUAUUGCAACACCUGCAUAGAAAAAGGAAGCUUGUGGGACCCAAAUAUAACUGUAUGCUACAUGGAGUCAGAAGUAGAAGUGAAUUUUACAACUAGUAGAUUUUGUCCAACAUAUAGAAUUUUAAUUUGUGACCCCGACCCUGACUCUGACGACUGCAGUGAUCACACUGUGAAUACUGACAAGAGGAAUGAUACUAGAAUUUCUGAAAGGAUACAGAUGACUGGUCAAAAGAACAAAAUCUUUCAAGAGCUAAUUCCUCAUUUUCCAAAAUGUGGAAAUGACUGUCGAAGGUACUUUACCCAUCAAAUACUAUGUUCUGAAGAACCUACCAAUGCUUCUAUACUCAGAUAUAUUUGCAUACUUGCUGCUUCCUUUCUGAUAGUAUGCAUAGUUGCUGCUGUAGUAUAUUCCAAGAGGAGGCACGGUGCAGUCAACAACUGGGCUGUUUUCCAUCCUACAGUGCAAAAAAUACCUGCUACAAUCCUUGUUGUAUAUUCCCAGGAAGUGUGUUUUCAGCAUAUUGUGCUCGUAUUUGCUGAAUUUCUGCAUGAAUGCUGCCAAAGUAAUGUCGUAAUAGAUGUAUGGCAAAAACGGAGAAUUGCUGAAAUAGGCCCAGUACAAUGGCUUACUACUCAAAAAGAAAUUGCUGAUAAAGUAAUUUUUCUCAGCCCAUGCCAUACAAGUCCUACAUGUGAUUCAGCUUGUAAAACAACUAUAGAAAGUCACAAGAACUCUGAAUGUAUGUUCACUCUUGCGUUUAACCUCUUCUGCAGUGACUUGAAAAAUCAGUUUUCUCUCCACAAAUACAUGGUUGUCUCUUUCAAUGAAACAAAUCCAGCUAAGAGUAUCCCAAGUCCCUUGAACAUCUGCCCGAGAUAUUUUCUAAUGAAGGAUAUUGACUCCUUUUGUAGAGACCUUUGUCUUUCACAGAGUCCAAGGUGUGAUGGAGAAACAAAGUCAAAGUGCAGCUGGAGAUUUAAGAUGAAACGUAAAUUACAAGUGCCUAGGACUAAAUGUUAGGAUAAUAAAAUCAGACAACCAUCGCACACCUCAUGCGUAAGGAUGACUUACUGCAACUGCCCCAUGGCAAGAAGCAGCGGGUACUAUAGCAACACAUUCUAAAAGUAUUCUUACAUGCUUGUGUUCUGCUUGUAGAGUAUAUAGAAGUGAAAGGAAACUUCUGUAGUGUAUCACAGGUUCUUGUA